AUGGGUGUUGGAGCUGUGCUUGAGCCUCUGACCGUCAUCGUACUCCUCUUCGGAGGCACGUGGAUCAAUCGUCGGAACUCAAACAGACCUGGCAGACUCGCUGCACGCGCGCAAUACUUUCUAUCCUCUGAUUCGAUUUCCGACUCGGGUGCUAACGAAGAAACCGGCCUCCGGUACGCUGCAGACAAAUAUGCCAGUGAAGAAUCAAGACCAUCGUCGCCUUCAUUACUGCAUCAUAAUGAAGAGCCAUGGAGAACACGCACCAUCGCGAUCGGUUCUUAUAAGCUUGAGGUCUACACACCCAACACAGCAACGUUCCGAAAUCGCAUUUUGAGUCGUUUGCUGUAUCGACUGCCAUUCUUGGUGGAAUGUUGGUAUUGGGCGUUAGUCUAUUGGACAUAUCAGCUUGGGCGCGCUUUUACCGCUGUGACUCUCAAAGAUGACACCGUCGACGUCGCAAGGGACCACGCUCUGCAACUCGUUCGAAUCGAGAAAGCGCUGGGAAUAUUUGUCGAGACUGAUAUUCAAAAGUUCUUCUUGAACAGGCCCAUGCUGAUGAAUUUGACGAAUUGGAUCUAUUCAUUCAUUCAUAUCCCGGGCACCAUCGCCUUCUUAGUAUGGCUAUUCUACUACACCACGACACAGAACUCGCUGGAUGACUCUAGGUACAGUCCUGUCGCCCAUAGACUUGAUGGAUCUCCGGCGGGUCCCUCUUUAUAUACUGCUCGUAGACGUACACUGGCAGUAUGCAACCUUUGCGCUUUCAUCGUCUUCACGCUAUGGCCGUGCAUGCCUCCUCGUCUGUUGAGUGAUGAGAACGUUGCCAGCAGUGUCGGUGAUUUGGCAAGAAGCUAUGGAUUCGUUGACACUGUUCACGGUGACAAAGGCGCUGGAAGCGUUUGGACCGAGAAUCGGUUCUGCAAUCAAUAUGCUGCAAUGCCGUCCCUGCAUUUUGGACAUUCGGGGUCUGUUCGAUUGCCGUUUUCCCCCAAUCGCAUCAGCUUACGGUUCGCUCUUCCAUCAUGGCGUCGUAUGCUUUGUGUUGCUAUGGGCGCGGCAUAUCCCUUGACAAUCCUAGCUGCCAUUAUCGCCACCGCUAACCACUUCAUCCUGGAUGCCGUGGCCGGUGCAUUCGUCUGCUUCUUUGGAUGGUGGGCUAACUCGAUCUUGUUGAAUCUGUUGCCUAUUGAGGAUUAUUUUCUCUGGGUAUUGCGAAUUCAUAAGCCGGAGCGACAAAUCGUAGACGUGAAUGAGGAAUGGAACCCGCAAGACGAAACUAAGGUCGCGUCACAUGCGUCUCUCAUGCCAUGA